AUAGAACGGCAGAGCAAGCGAGGUCUCCGUUCGUGGUGGACCUGCACAGAACCACAGCGCGGAGAAAGGAAAGUUCGUAAUUACGCAGUGCUUGCAACAUCAGAGGCCUAGCAACACACAGACAUGAAGAUCCUACCCCUAUUUGUUUUGAUAGCUUGCGUAGCGUGGUCAGCGUGUGCACAAGAAGAGGGGGAGGCUCGUCCGGCACAACGGGGCCUCCUGAAACGAGGCCUGCUCACCAAAGGGAAACCGACCACAACAACCACAACAUCUGCGCCACAGGAAUACGCAGAGUAUGAAGACGAAGGUGAUUAUCCUGCCGAUGGUGAGGCCGCAGAGCCCUCUACCGAAGCAGCGCCUCCGUCUUCCACUGAAGGCAAGAAACUUAUAGCCGGUGGAGUAAGACCGUUCAGGAGUAACAAUGAUUUACUGGAAAUCCUAAAGAAAAAGCGGGCACAAGCUGCUGAAGCCAAAUCUCGCGGUUCAACAGUAACAGAAUCCGCGGCUCCUUCCGAUGCUGGUGGCGACGCUGCCAAAUCGAAUUACAGUGGUAAGAAACGUGCCAACACACCAGCCGCUGCCGGCGAAGAUACUCCUGCCCCCGCACCGAAACCUUCCAGAGGAAGAUUCAACAGACCAUCAUCAAGAGCCGUGGAACCUGAAGCCGAAGAACAGAACGAGUCCGUUCAACCAGCACGGUCCAACAGGUUCUCCCGACGAGGAAACUAUUAAAAAUGCUAUAACUCUCUAACCACCCCCAUUUCACCUCAUAACAUUCAUUCAAUCACCAAUAAGCCAUUACUGAUCUGUGACUGUAAUCACAGGACAUUUCAAAAUUAUCACACUAAUGGGAAGCUUAAAAAGGUUGUUUCUGUUUGUGAUUAUCAGUGAACAUAAAAAAAAAAACAAUAAAUAGUUAUAUGAUCUACUUUAUCUAGACAAAUAAGCAAGGUUUGUACACUUUGUAAAUUAUGUGUAAGUAUUUUUUAAAUAAAACAAACGAUAUUU